AUGGCUCGUACACCUGAACCAUUCACUGCCACCAAGCGUGAUGCUUCCGAGUCCCCUCCUGGACAGCAUGAUCCUAAGCGUAGCCGGCCAACCUCAGAUGACUCUGACCAGGAGAUGGAACAGUUGAUGGACAACGUUGAGCUUGAUGAGGAGGAUGACUACUAUGAUGAAGAAGAGACCCCAGCUAAGAAGAAGAAGGUGAUAGUCAUCUAUGAGGAUGAUGAGGAGGAGGAGGACAAUGAGAAUGACCUUGGAGGAUAUCAGGAGCCAAGUUCCCAGAAGAUCAAGCCCAAGACUGCUGCCACCUCUGCUGGUCUGAGGUCCAAAGUCUCUGCUAAACCUGUCUCCAAAGCUCCAAACCCUGAGUCUUAUGGUCAGGUCUUGAAAGCAUCUAGAUGUACCUCUGAAGACAAGAACAUUGAGGUCGAAGCUGCUGAGGAUCCAGCUAAGCUCCCACUUGUUGAGGCCAUUCUUGAGUGUUCUGGAGCAUCUACAGCUCCUUCUUGUCACCCCAAGCCUAGGAUGAUAAGUCAUACAAAUGAUGAUUCAUCUGAUUCUGGGAUGGAUGUUGAUCAUCAGGAGGGGGUUCAGGAAAAGCAGAAGAAGAAAGCUAAAGCCCCAGCUAAGCCAGUGGACAAAGGAAAGGGACCAGCUGUGCCCAAGUCCAAGUCCAAGUCCAAGUCCAAGCCCAGGCCUGAGCCUAUCAUUUCUCAAGCAGUUGCCAAUAUUCUGCCAAUGGGGUCUUCACGUGCAGUUGGAGGCUUUAGCCGAGGAAAUGCACUGGGUAAUGCCCCCAAUCUUGCAGAUAUGGGUGGUUCAUCUGGCCUGGCUCAAACUGAUGUACUCGCUGUCACUGCACCCCCUUGUCCUGGCAUCAUCUAUGUCUACCACCAGCGGGACACUCCCCAGCCCCAGAGUAUCAAGAACAUCUCUCCCUCUUGGUUCAUCAAGGUCAAUUUAAACCUGACACUAGGCAAGAUCCUGGAGAAGGUUCGAGACUGUGAUGAACACAUUCAAAAUGAUCGUGUGUUUAUCUGGGAUGAUAAAUAUGGUUGGGAGGCUUAUGGCCCAUUCAAGCAGGCUAUUAUCAGCACUGACAUCAUUGAACCGAGGGAGCUAGAGGAGGGUGGACUUGGGAUUAGUCUGCUAGCGGCUCUUGACGUGUCAAUCAACCGUCUUGAUCUUCUUGGUCGAGGCAGUACAUCACGUAGCCCCUCGGUUUCAAGCUCGAUUGCUGGUAAUGUCUCUCGUCCUUCUAGCCCUCUGGCAUCUAGUUUCUCUGUCUAUGAGGAGGAGCUCAUCAACAAGUUGGAGGUUGAUCGGGCUCUCCUUCAGAGUGGAAAGAAGGGUUCUCCAAGCGACUUUGACUUGCGCAAAGCAUGGAGAAUUUUCAACUUUGUCGAGUCAUCAGCGUUGAGAGUCAAGGAGUUGGAACUCUCUAAGAGACCCACCCAGAAGGAUCUUCAGGAUCUUUUUGUUCAAAAGACACAGUACAACUCUUAUCAGAAGGUUUUCAGAACGGUCGCAAAGUCCUUUGAGGAGAUGAAGGAUUGGUUGGAUGAGGAAGGUGCAGAUGCAGAAGAGAAUGAGCGAGUCUGGGGUGAGGAUCGGGUCAAGUAUUCUUUGACAGACUUGAUCAAGUGGGUGGAGAAUGAAGGAGAGCCGAUUUUUAAAGGUGAAGAGGAGCAAGAGCCAGAACCUGUGGCCACCAAGAAACGUGCAAAAGGGACUCCAAAGGCGAGUGGUGUAGAGAUACUUGAUGUUCCUUACUUCGAUCCGAAAGGGUUGAAGAUCACCCAGGAGGCGCUUGAGAAGGCGCUCCGUACCUCGGUUCAUGCUGAGGUCUUCACCUAUCUGAGCACCAAGCCUCAGAUUGACCGCAACUCGGCGCACUCGACAUCGUGCACCGUGUAUUGCAACAUCUGGGACUCCCAGCAGGGAACCCACGCCAAGAAGGCCUUAGGCCAACCAAUCUUCCUCGCUGGGCGGUCCUGCGCAAUCAGGCCCGCUGCACGUCACACCGGGGUCCCGCUUUGCCAGCGUUGCUGGAAGUGGGGCCACCCCACCGUCGCCUGUAAGGCGAAACAACUCUCCUGCCCCAUCUGCUCGGGUCCGCACAAGCAGAAGGAGCACCGUCAACAUGCGGGAUGUUGCAAGGGCAACGCGAAAGCGAAGCCCCCUGUGCCACCCACCCCUCGCAACCAGCCCUGCCCCCAAAAAUAG